CUCCUCGGGUUGGGUUUUCGGGGGGCGGGCCGGGCCGGGCCUAUCAUCAUCUCUCGGACAACGUGCUGCAUAUGCAUUUGCUUUCCCACCAUUCUGGUUGAGUGUGCGAUCUACAAAUACAUUUCAGUUUAGCAGCGAAUUACUGAAUAUUAGAUGAGAUGCUGUUUAAUAAAUGGUCAGAUGACAGAAAGCGCUAGGCACUCGGAUCCAGAUCAGUAAAUAUUAGCGUUUCCUUUCCUACAGCGCCCCUCUUACAAGAUGCGUUGGAGAGUUUUCUUUUAUGUACCAAACCUUAUCGGCUACGUGAGAUUAGUCUUACUGCUGGUUGGCUGGUGGUCCUUUAAUCACCCUGUAUGGUUUAUUUCCUGUUAUGUGACAUCUAUAAUUCUUGAUGGGUUUGAUGGAUUUGCAGCACGUCGGUUAAAUCAGGUAUCUGAAUUUGGAGCGUGGUUUGAUGUGGCUAUCGACAACAUUGGGCGUAGCAUGUUGUGGAGCUUGCUCUAUGAUUGGGGACAUUUUAUAAGUAGCCUUGAAUGGUUGGUUUUCGUUUGUACACAUGGCUCCAUGGGAGGUGACUGGAAGAAGAAAUUUCAAAAUAGUCCUUGGUUUGUUCGGAAAACAAUGUCAAAUGGUUUUAAGAGCUUACUGGGAGUAUUUGCUAUCAGUGGAUUACAUGUUCUUCCAGUUUGGUUGUACGGAUACCACAAACAAAUUUUAACAAAUAAUUUUAUGCUGCCUCUUAAACUUCAGUGGUUUGCAACUGCAUUUCUGAUCUCUGGAAGAUUUCUUUGUAUGACUGUAGAGUUAUGGUGUAUCUGGAUUCAUAUUUUCUUCCUUGUAAAAAAAGAAACCAAAGGAAAGGAUUGAUGAAACAUUCACCAAUGUCUGAUUUACUCAGGAAUAUGACCUUCUAGAAUUCAGGUUGGAUGCUGCAAUACAAUUAUGUAUAAUUCAAGAUAUUCCACUGAACUUAUCUGUAUUACAAUUCAUUUUUGUGGGGAUGGAUGAGGGAGAGAAAGAAUUGUUAACUCUUGAACAUUUUAUAUUAAAGCAUUUUCAGAUGACAAACCAACAUGUCAGCAUAGUAGAAUUUUUUUCCCUAUACUUCUCAAUUAAAACUUUCAAAGGAUACAUAGUUCUAGGUUUACUACACAUUUCUAUUGAAAUAGAAUUAAUGAAUUUUUAGCAAAACAGUGAAUAUCCACUUUAGAAAUCACAAGGUGCUAAUUUAACAGUUAUGCUGCCACUUUCAUAUUGAUGAGUUUAAAUGUCCAAUGGUAUGAAAGUCAAAGAAUAUUCUAAUUCAAACUGCAAAGGUAACUAUUACCAAAUUACAAAUCAUUAGAUCAGUGGAUGCAGUAGAAAGAUUACCUUGCAUUACAUUUUUUCAAUUCAAAACUGGUGAUUAGACAAAACCUGCUUGUUUCAAGGCCAUAAAAAGACUGUUUGAAUCAGCUUCAUAGAUUCCAUGAAGGUCAUGUACUUACAGCUCAAGGAUGAAAAUAUUGUUUAAGUAUCUUGUAAAAUUUCCACCCUUGCUAUAGUAAUCAUUUGGUCUUAAAAUAAAAACCUUCCUAGAGCAGUUCUUUGCCCUUGAGCCCAGAGUCGGGAAGUUGUGACCACCACAAGUAACUACACAUUUGGUAAUUCUCAAUUUGUAAGUGUGGUGUUCCCUUCAUUUCGUUCUUUGUAUCCAGCUAAAAAUCAAAUGACUGUAGCUGAGGGUUAUACAAGAACAUUAGAAAAUAUGUCAAACAUAGCCUGAUCUACCUUUGGUCUCAUCUCCUCUGUUGUACCAGUUCCUUGUACACUCUCAAGGAUAUAGAUCUAAUCUAACUGCUUGUGAUUUGGCCAUUACAUUUAAUGAGAAAUAACUUCAAUUGGUAUCCUUUGCUAUGCUGUGUAUCCAAUGGAAAGUCUUUGCUAGAAUGAACAGAAUGCCCAAGUAGAGUACCAAUAGCACCAAUCUAAGAGAAAUGUCCAAGGUUCCAUUGUUUGCUUUAGUUGCUGUCAGUUGAGGUAGUUGACUGAGCAGUUCACUCCCUCACAAGAGUAUCAAUGGAUGAACCCAGGUGCUUUUAAAAUAAAUGUCCUCUAACUGUACUAACUGAUAUACCCAUUUCAAAUAGUAGAUUGCAAUUGACAGUGCAAGAAAUAACUGAGUAUUUAUUCUCCUACAAUUAUAUAGUUUGCUUACGAGUUCCCAUUUGCUGGAAAAUUUGACUAUUAGCACCCUAACCCUAAUUGGGAAAUACAGUAUUGCAGCUUCUUUCAGCAUCAGGUAUUAUUUGAAUUACUAUUUUUCACAGUAUGCAUUGCUUAAAACAAGGUCCCAAAUUCAAGAGAACCAGUUUUGAAUUAUGUAGCAAAACUUGAGAAAUUACUCAGCUAGUGUUUACAACACCCUACCACCAAAUCUGUACAAAAAUAAGUCACAAUUAACAUUCUUAAUAUCAAAACUAAUCGGUGCAAUCUUGAAGGCGGAAGUAAAACAUCUACAUUGUUUUAAAAAAAUCUUUAGAGGAACAGAGAAUUAACUUGCAUGGGAUUGUUCCUGACUUCUACACUCGGUAAUUAAAAGAUUUCUCGUUGUUUAAUUUGAUCCGAGUUAUUAAUACUACAUUGCUACAGUACUUGUUACUUACCUUGUGAAAGACAAACUAAAUUACCAAUUUCAAUUGAUCUCUUUUCAUUUUAGUGAUUCACCUUGAAGCAGUUAUAACACCAGCUCUGCUCACUUUUCUCUUAAUGGCUAGGACUAAAAAUCCCUUAGUAUUCACAUUAAAAAAAAGAAAAAAAAAAGACUUUGUUACUGCAGUGCUAGAAAUAGGCAACAAAGGUUUCUUACUUGUUCCAGAACAAGUUACAAUCUGAAAAUAAGAGAUGGGGAAGAGAUUUUAAUAUUAAUAAAUCCUUCAAAUGUUUUCUUUUUGGUUAUAUAUUUUACUUGGGGAUACAGAAUAACUGUAUAUACUCCAAUGUGGUGUACAAUCUCUAUCCAAGAAUUUAAACAAAAUGUUGGUCAUGAUCAUAAUACCAAAUUAAAUAUUAAAACAGUACAACAUAAACAGCAUGCAGCGUCUAUGUUAUAUGCUCACCUCAAAUCUUGGAAGGAUACACAUGAGUUAAUGUGUUAAUGAAUAAUUGAAGAUCAUGAAUUUGCAUCACCAUGUUCUUAAUUCAAAUAAAUGUACUUAAAGACCAAGUGCUGAUUGACUAGGACCACUUGGUAAAGCUGGGUUCCAAGUGAGCUAAACUAAGAUGUACAAAGAGACCAUCUGUUAACAAUUGUACUGAAUGUCAAUCAAACUCACUGGCACAAUGAUUGCUCCAAGCAAUUUUUCAGGACUAAAAGACACCAAGAAUGGAUCGACUACACAAUAAUACACCUUGCUGUAAUUGUUUUUAUUUUCAGUGGUCCUAUUCAUUCAUUGUUUUGGCUUAGUUACAGUCAUAGUUACAGUAGCUUAGUGGGCCCAACGCAGAAGCUAUGAUUGAAAACACAAGUCUUAAUGAUUCAUCGCUUAACUUUUAACAACCGACAGCCAUAAGCAGGAACCAACUGUUUGGUUCAUGACCAGGAAAAGCAUGAUUAUGGCUUGGGCCAAUUAAGUCACCAGAAGUUAAAACUAAUUGCAACUGGUUCAAUGCUCUUAAAGUAGUAGCUCCAGUUUGCAUAAAUUUAAGGUAUUUAUUUGGUGAAAAUGUCUCUGAACAAUUAAGAUUGUGUGGCCUUGAUGAAAAUAAGAAAUGGCGGAAGCAUGGUGAAUCUAAGUAAGCAUGCAUACUUCAAUUUUAGAUGUAUGGACAAUUCUACUUAACACAUUAAGUGUAGAAGACAUCUAGGAAGUACAAUUUGAACAUGUAGCAAAGCUAAAGACUUACAAAAUUCAUGACUGAAGUGUCAAGACAAAAGAUUUCCUAGCUAUUCAAUAGCAAGUGUGUUACCAGUGCUUUUAUUUGACAAAUCAGCACACGCAUUUAACUUACCAUCAAGGUAGUUCAUGGUGUUUUAAAUUCUAAAAAGAUUUUCAUUGGAAACUUAAGGUUAUGAAUAUAGUGAUGUACUAAACCAGCUGAUGUUUUGUACAAAAGUAAGCAUGUAAUGUUUAGUGUAACAAAGUGCACUUUUUUGCCAAUUUCAACAAAUAAAACUUAAAAAGUAAUACAUCUAGAAUUGUCUGAUUACUUAAGACAUUUCUAUAUCCAAUACAACAAAAGUGCUGCAGGAACUUAAGUCAGGCAGCAUCUAUAGAGGGGAAGAAACUGUCUAUGUUUCAGGCCAAGACCUUUCAUCAGUGCUGGAAAGAAAGGGGAGAAGUAGCUAAAAAAAAAAGUGGGGAGAACAGAGUUUCUCCAGCACUUGUGUGAGUUGUUCAAUGUUUCCAGCAUCUGCAGCAUCUUGUGUUUAUUAUAUAGCAAUUACACAAUUGGUAGUUACAGCAGAGAAGUCUGGAAUAUCCACACACAUCUAGAAAUAAUUUGAUGGAUAUACUACCUUGUCCCAAACUCUUGUCAUUCUGAAAAUACAUUACAGUUUUACAAAACUUUGGAAGAAAUGUUCUGGUAGCACAUCAGGAAUGAUAUUCUGGCAACAGAUGUAAACUUAGUAAUAGAUUACAAGCACAUCAGUGGGAAGAUUGCAUUUGAGGCAGUAAUUUUAAGACGCAGUUUUAUUCCAAUUUUGUAAUGGUCUUUAUACAACACAUACAACCUACAUUCCCCGUCCUCGCAAAAAAAGAACAGUAUUUCUGCUCUCAAACUCAUGCAAAUGUAUUGCAUAUGAACACUUUUCUAGUUACAAUGAAGGGCAAUCAAUGUCAUUUCCUACCAGUUGAGCUCAAAUGUGUAAAUUAAAAAUGAAAGUAAAAAAAAAACCUCAGAUGCUGGAAAUCUGAAAAUAAAAAGAAAAUGCUAGAAAGCACCUGUUGAAGGAGAGAGAGUUAAUAUUUCAGGACAAAUACCUGAAGAGCACCAUACAAAGUCAAUGGCUACAAGUACAUAUAUACAGGGAGCAGGAGAGGGCCAGCAGUCCAAAAGAUCUUGACUAUUUUCUCAGUUCUGUCUUGUCUAUCUCCAUAAAUUCUCACCCCAUUGCUUUUUAAGAUUUUAUUUAUUGCUACCUUAAAACGUAUUUAGACAUCAAAAGAUAGUGGAAGCUAAAAGUUCCAAAGAUCCACCAGUCAUAGAACAAUAGUAUGGAAAGUAAACCCUUUGGCCCAACUCAUCCAUGCCAACUAUGGUGCCCCACCAAGCUAGCCCCACUUUCCUAGUUUGUUCCAUAUCCCUCUAAUCUCUUUUAGCCACGUACUUUAAUUAAACUUAUUUCGGAUGUUGUCACUACCCCUAGAGGAAAAUAUUUUGCCUCAUCUAAUAGGCAAUGCAUUUUAAUGACCCCCAAGGUUCUGUCCACAUUCAAUCACAAAACUUAUUACAAUUUUAUUUUUCAAUAAAAUUCAUCUCACAACUUUUAAACAUCAUAAAAACAAAAUAUAUGUCCCAACUCACCCAUUCCAGGCAUAAGCCAUGUAAUCCCUCUCUGAACUGUUUUCACCACAUUUGCAUCCAUCCUUAAAUCUGAAGCUCAACAAUUUACACUCUACUUCAGAUAUAGUCUCAUCAGCACAAUAUAUAAUUGAAGCAGAACCUGCCUAAUGCAGGGUCUCAAUCUGAAAUAUCAUCUUUCUAUUUGCCUCCACUCACUCCACUGCUCAACUCAGGAGUUCAUCCAGCAGCUCGCUUUUUGCUCCCAGUUUCCUGCAUCUGCAAUCUGUCUCCUUGCUUUUGUAUUGCUUCCCUAGUAAUAGCUUAGUUAGCUUUCCUGGUUACUCAUUGAUAUCUUACAAUUCUGCAUUUUUCACAUUUAUGAACCGCUUAUCUUUGUUCACUCAUUUAACCUAAUAAGAGCUACCUUCUUCUUCCCUUUUCACAACUUACUUUCUUACUAUUUUUGUGAAAACAGCAAAUUUAGAAACCAUAUCUUUGAUGCCUAUUUUCAAAAUCAUAAUUGUAAAAUGUCAAGAUUCUAACACUAAUCCCAGUGGCACACCAUUCAUUAAAUAAUUUUAAGCCUAUUGUGCUUCCUCUUAGCAAGGCAAUUUUCCAUUGCUACCUUCUAUACCAGAAAUAGUUUUCCACAAUGACCUUUAAUGCAGCACUUUAUCAAAACCACUGGUUCCCUUUCAUCCACAAGACAUGCAAUUUCCUCAAAGAAUUCCAAUAACUUGAUGAAAAUCAUUUCUCUUCCACAAAAUCACGUAGAUCUGCCCAUUUUAUAAAUCAACACUGAAAUGUCUUAAAAUAAUAGCAACCAACAUUAGCCCUGUAACAGAUGUUAAGCUAACUAGUUUAUAGUUUCCUGCUUUCUUUUCCUUUCUCAAUUAAACUAAAUUAGUUAUUUUCCAAUUUAUUUAGCACCUUUCACAGAGAGAAUUUUGGAAAAUUAAAAUUAAUGCAUUAUCUAACUAGACAACUCUGCAAUAAAACCUAUCAAGACACAGGUUCCACUUGCCUG